AUGCCGAGACAUUGUCACGUUCCUGUCCCCAAAGACGAUUGGAUCCCAAAGUCCGCACAGACCGGACAGUCACAGACCGGACAGUCGUCCGCCUCACCCCUCGUCACACGUGCCAUCCCCGAUGCCCGAACCGAACCCAACCCACCUCGGGCUCUCGGCCACGCCAAGACGUAUCGAUGCCGUGUUCCUCCCACGGCCAUCGACAUCUUCUCCGUCCCUCGAAAUCCCUACUUCAAUGCGGCCCAUCCCCCCAGCCUCCCCAAGGUGGCAGCUGAUACGACGCCAUCGGACCUUGUGUGA